AUGGGCCUGCUUAAUAGGAUCGUCCAAAGCUUCGAAGUCACUCAUGACUCCAACCUCACCAUUACCGAGCAGCUCGUUGCCAACUAUGAUUUGCUGCCUGUUGAGCCGGAGAAACGCACAUGGCGUGCGUACAACUACAUUGCCUUCUGGACAGCGGACACGUUCAACAUAAACAUGUGGAUGAUCGUAUCUUCCAUGAUCCAACUAGGGAUGUCGUGGUGGCAAGCCUGGAUAUGCACCUGGCUGGGUUAUGGCGUUAUCGCGCCUUUCCUUGUCCUGAAUGCACGUCCUGGUGCUAUUUUCCAUGUUAUGUUUCCAAUCGUGAAUCGCACGAGCUUCGGGAUGUUUGGGAGUCUGUGGUGUGUCUUUAAUCGCGCCGCUAUGGCAUGCAUAUGGUAUGGCGUCCAGGCAAGCAUCGGAGGUUCCUGUGUGCUCGUAAUGCUCAGAGCAAUGUGGCCUAGCAUAUAUGACCUGCCAAAUUCGAUGCCCGCGUCCUCUGGAACGGACACUCGAGAUUUCCUAUGCUUCUUCCUAUUCUGGCUCAUUUCGCUGCCAAUCAUUUGGUUCCCUGUGCACAAGGUCCGGCACUUCUUCCUUGUGACACCCAUCCUGAUGCCCAUAGCCUCAAUCACGUUUCUCGUAUGGUGCAUUGUCAAAGCUCACGGGAUCGGUCCGAUCAUGCAUCAACCUUCUACACUGCACGGAUCAAAGCUAGGCUGGGCUAUGGUGGUCAGUUCGAUGUCAUGCAUCAGUAACAAGGUAACCCUGGUCACCAAUGCACCGGAUUUUGCCUCCCGCGCUCGCACCUCAUCCGCCGCGCUAUACCCACAACUGUUUGCGAUUCCUCUAAGUGCGGCAUUUGUAAGUUUGAUCGGAAUCCUUGUGAGCUCGUCGUCGCAGGCAAUUUACGGGACAGCCAUUUGGUCACCCAUCGAACUGUUGGGAAAUUUCUUGAACGACAAUCCGUCGAAAGCAACGAGAUUCGGGGUAUGGUUUAUCUCAGCAUCAUUCAUGCUCGCACAGGUGACCACGAACAUCUGCGCGAAUUCAGUGUCGGCGGGAUGCGAUUUGACCGCACUGUUCCCUCGCUUUAUUAACAUCCGACGUGGCGGGUAUAUCGCUGCUACCGUUGGUCUCGCCAUGUGUCCAUGGAACCUUCUGAAAAAUAGUAAUGAGUUCACUUCUUACCUCUCCGCGUAUUCAGUGUUCCUGAGCUCCAUUGCUGGGGUGAUGGUGACGGAAUACUACAUCGUCCGCAAGGGUCAUUAUAACGUGAAGGACCUCUAUAACGCCGAAAGGGGCAGCUGGUACUGGUACACGUAUGGGAUCAACUUCCGGGCAUACACCGCAUAUAUUUCCGGGAUCCUUAUUAACGCUGUCGGUUUCGCUGGAGCCACUGGGUGCGUGGUCCCUCUAGCGGCUACUCGAAUAUAUGAGUUGUCGUUCUUUACGGGCUUUGGAGUUUCUGCAAUUGUCUAUUGGGCGUUGAAUCGCGUCUUCCCGGUAAUCGGUGCCGCUGACACGUUCGAGGAAAUCGACGUAUCUGGAUAUGAACGUACGGCACGCAGUUUACGGGAUGUUGAGGAAGUAGACGACGAGACGAAGGACGGGGGAUCAGAUCAUUCUGCGAGCAAAAGAUAA